AAUUCCAACUUUAUUUCUCGUUCACAUUUAGCAAUUCGACACACCUAUAAAUAUAGCGUCGUGUGUCAUUGAGAAUUUACACACGAAAGUUAGUUCAAAGCAGAUAUGGAGAAACAGAGCACUUCUUCUUCAUCAUCAUCAUCUUCUUCUUGGAUUCGAGGUUCUUGUAUUGGAAGAGGAUGUUUUGGAACCGUAAGCAAAGCCGUGAGCAAAAUCGACGGUGGAGUUUUCGCCGUGAAGUCAGUAGAUCUCGCCACGUGUCUCCCUUCUCAAUCCGAGUCGCUGGAGAACGAAAUCGCGAUCCUCGGCUCUCUCAAGACUCACCCGCAUAUCGUGAGGUUCCUCGGCGAUGACGUGUCUAACAAAGGAACGACGUCGUUUAGGAAUCUCCACUUGGAGUAUUUACCCGAAGGUGACGUGGCUAACGGUGGUAAAAUCGUUAACGAGGAAACAGUCGGGCGUUACGUUUGGUGUCUCGUCUCUGCUCUCGGUCACAUUCACGCUAACGGAAUCGUUCACUGCGACGUGAAGUCGAAGAACGUUCUCGUCGCUAACGGCGGAAGCUCCGUUAAGCUGGCGGACUUCGGCUCGGCGAUGGAGUUGGAGAAACCGACGGCGGAGAAGAUUGCGCCGCGUGGAAGUCCGCUCUGGAUGGCUCCGGAGGUGGUGAGCAGAGAGUAUCAAGGACCGGAGAGUGACGUUUGGUCUCUUGGCUGUACGGUCAUCGAGAUGCUCACCGGAAAGCCAGCGUGGGAAGAUCACGGUUUCGACUCGCUGAGUCGAAUCGGGUUUUCAAACGAGUUGCCGUUUAUUCCGGCGGGUGUUUCGGAGCUCUGUCGCGACUUCUUGGACAAAUGCUUGAGGCGAGACAGGAGUCAGAGAUGGAGUUGCGAUCAGCUUCUCGAGCAUCCGUUUCUAUGUCAAGACCAUCAUCACUCCUUGUUCACUACCGAGUCGUCUCCGCGUUGCGUAUUGGACUGGGUCAACUCGGAGUUCGAGGAGGAGGAAGAGAUCGAUGAGUUGAGAGUUGAAUCUAUGGUCUCAGCGAUGGCAAGGAUAAGUAAACUAGCGACGAUCGGAGGAGAGGCAAUUUGGGAAUCUAAUGGUUGGACUGAGGUUAGAGGCAAUGCUUCCGAAGAGUCAGGGGCACAAUGGGAAUAUUUGAGUUCAUUAAGGGUAGAAUCGGAAUUAAAUAUGUCACCGGAGUCUACCGAGUCGGGUACACGGACGGUGAAUGAAGACUCGGAGUUGACGUCGGUGAUAACGUGUGAAAUAUUGUUGUUGAUGGUGUUAUUGGUGGUAGAGAAUAUUCAGAUAUAUGCCACGUUUUACACCGAUGUUUUUAUUCGUACUCUGUAUAGUUGUUAUCAUCAUCAAAAUAAUAAUAAGACGAAGUUGCGCAAAAAUCUAUCGUUCGUUCUCAGCCUUAACUUUUUGUUCGGUAUUGCAUGUGAUUCGGAUCGGUCUAUCUAUCUCAUAAAAACUCUUUUACGUGGUGCGAUGAGUGUCCUAACUCUCAACUGUUACUUCCUUUUGUUGAUAACUCUCACUUGCACAACUCAAUCUUGGUUUGGUAGCUUCUUGACCAAAUAUUUUUUAUAGGUCACAAGAGAUGAA